CACACUUUGUUGACCAAUAAAAUUUGGAGUAAAAUAAUCUUACCGGCUGUGAGGACGAGUUAUGAGCCACUGAGUAUAACUAAAAAUUGAAAGAAAGGACAUCAGAAAAUCUAUUCGUUAUGGCCUGCAGUUCGUACAAGAACAAAACCCUGCAGCUAAUAAAGUGCUUCUGCGGAUGCAGCGACAUGACCGUCGCCGAGGUUCGGAGGAUCUACUCUCUUUCGAACAGCGUCCACGAGACCCUUCUAGAUCCAGAGGCGACCCGACUGCUUCGGAAGUUCAUGGAGACUAGGCGCUCCGGUGACAAGGACGAGGCUGAACAGUACCUAGAUAUCUACGAGAAGUGCGCCGAGUUUCUGGCGGAGCACCAGCGCACAUUUACCCAGGACGAGGUGGACGAACUGGUUGACCUGGGAUUGCCCUACGAUCUGGAGCAGGAUCUCUCUAGGCGCAUGCUCAGCGCUGACCGGACGGACAUCAACCGCGGUCUCUAUCGCAUCCAGGGCAAAUGUCGCAACGAAAUCGAGGCCAGCAGCGAUUUUCGGUGCUUCAGGGACGCCAUUGCAGAUAAGAUGCGUCGGGUCCCGAAAUGAUAUAGUCGGUGGAAAUUUAUGCUUUUUGUGUUCACUGUGCAACGCCUACCAAAGUCACUUGAAUACCUUUGGAGAUCCGCACUUAACAUAGCUCCUCUUAUCACCUUCCCCAGUGCCUUAGGGGAUCCCACAAUCGUCACCCUGGAUUCAAGACCGCAGCUUAGUCAUAUUCAUACAACGAAGAAACGGAAACCGUCCUCCUAAUCUUAAUGUGGCUUCCGAGACGUGCUAGAGCCAAGGCUCACCAAACAUUCACAUUCUAUUAAACCCACAGAUACGGAACAUAUACCUUUUUACUUAACAUUAAAUAUAUAGUUGUUUUUAUAUUAUACGCUUUGUAAUGUUGUUACGCAUUAUAGGUAUGAAAUUAUUUCCAGUUGAGAAAUAAAAUACCUGAUCCUGUA